AUGCCAGUAUCCGAGAGGCUGGAAUCGGAUCAACGCUUCUUCGAUGAUCUUGUAGAGAAAUCAGGUUGCUCAUGAUGCUUGUGGUCGCCGCGCCGCGCAUUUUCGACGCUCUGACUGGGGCUCAACCUUGAAUCCUUCGCUGCCUUCUCUACCACAGAAGCAAUCAUCAGCAUAACGAAUUCUUCCAGGAGCAUCGGAUACCGCUGCGCAGUCUGCCCUCGACAUAAGGAUCGACGGCUGAGCCUUGCCCAAGCCCGGGCCCAUUUCAAGACGAAUGUGCACAAAGAACAAGUCCAACUGCAAACUAUCGGUGUUGGGGGUCUUACCUGGAUAUCAUCCCCCGACAAUGACGACCUUUUAUUCGAAACCAACAAUUCUGUCUCUUCUGUGAGCGAGCGGAGGUCUUCCAGUGUUGAGACUACGCGAUCUGAUGCGUCUGCAUCUGCCCUAAAACCAGCUCGGCAGCGAUGGGUCACCCUCGUCGGGCACACCCCACUUCGACUACAGUGCGCAACCUUUUGCACAGAAUGACGACGAUAAUAGCUCUGACAGCGAUUAUGGCUUUGAAGAUACGUCGGCUGCGUACGAGAGUUUAGACGACUCUGAAUUAAACCGUGGGGGUGAUGUCAGCGCGUCCGAAGACGACGACGGGGGUACCUUUAACAGUGCGGUCAUCAAAAAAGAUCUCCAGUCGCGAGGCCUCCAAUGCACGGACUAUAUGAUCGAGUAUGCCCGUGUGAGAACAGCACCACUCUGUUAG